AUGUCAAAGGGUAAAAAAUAUAAUAAUACAGCAACAGGUGAAAGAAAUAAUUUGUCUAAACGGUUAAAUCACGAGGUGACAUCAUCAACAUCACAGCUACAACCAUCCCCGGAGCCGCAACCAGCGCCACCAUCAUUACAGCGUUUCAUGAGGUCUACCAAUGAAAAUAUUAAAUAA